AUAAACUAUCACGCGUUGGAUCCUGAUGAGCCACCUUGAAAACCGAUUUGGUCAGAUUACAACAACGACAUGAGUGCAAAUGCGUUCCUCGUUGAUCCCUGAUCGGCCCGUGAAUAAACGCGUGCUGGAGUUGAAUUUGGACAGUCCUAAAUUCAAGUGGCUGGAAGAGCGCCAAAUCUGGUCGAGAGUACCCUGGGAUUGGGGGUUCACAUUGGACGAUAUAAAUAAAUUACGAUUUGACCGUGGACUAAUGAUACACGUACACCAGUUUGGCGCCAGACCACGUGCACGUGUAGUCUGCGCGUGCACGCGACGCACGGUGCAUCUACGAUAACGUGCGCCACUUAACAAAAUUAAGACACCUAGGCCCACUGGAAGUCAACACAGUUUGUCAUUAAGUGUAUGAAAUCUGCAAAAUCCAUUAAGUUUCCUCGUGUGUAUUUAUGAAGAUCCACACAGCGCGUGUAUUCUUUCUCUCUGUCUCUCAACCAGCCAACCAUAUUCAGCAGCUGAGUAUCGAUGUAGGCCUAUCGGGUUUGGCUCAUGGCAAAUAGCUACAUACACUUUGAAAUAAAACAGCGAUGCUCCGGAUUCUGGAUGGUGAAACCUGAUCGUCAUUUCCUUCGCAUUUGGACUGUACCAUGGUGUGGAAAUAGCGUCUGCCUGCAAUUAGGCUGAUCGAGUGGCAUUUGGACAUAAUCGGUUAUUCCUCCGGCGGAUCAGCCUGUGAUUGUUCCUCCUCGUCAUCGCUAUCGAUUCCUCUCGUCUUACCUGCCUCCUGCUCUUCUCCCACCUCCUAUAUAGUCUGGCUCCCGCAAGGUUUGCGAUUUGCUGGUCUGUACGUCAGCGACGUCCGGGUGCUCCAAAAUCGGAGGCGCAGUACGUAACGAGGUGGAUCGAACGUGUAUUGGUCCCAGAAGCAAGUGGCCGAGGUGGCAUCAGGAUACAGCGCGCGUGCAGUGGAAGCCUAGCCGACUCUGCCGGUUCAUUGAGACGGUGCCGUGUGACACGUCCACACUUCCAGUCUUCAGUAACAGGUCUCUCUCGAUGUAGGCGCUCUACCAACUUUUGCAACCAUGGUUUAUCCUCUCUUCAGGUGCCCAAAUCCAGUUUCACACGUCGGUGUGAUUUUCACCGUUUCUAUCUUAGCUUUCAGCUUGAUAAAUGUUGUUUUUUCAUCGAAUUCUGGUAGAGGACAUGAGUUCAUCUUCGCUUUCCCAACUAAUUUUCACGAGCCGAGCAGUACGUCCCCCAACUACAGACCGCACCUGACGUUAAGCGUUACCGCCUCCGAAGCAGGGGCAACAAACGUCAGCAUGCGAGUCGUUAACUUGGACUGGAGCCGGCAGCUUACCAUACCGGCACAGCACGUCGGUAUUACGGUCGAAUUACCUCCCGAAGCCCAGGCGAAGGGAUCCGGACUACAAAACACCACCGUCCUGGUGACUGCCAGUCGGAAUGUGACCGUGCUCGCGUUGUCAGAUAGUGGAGAGUCUACGGGUGGUUUUCUCGUGCGGUCCACUGACGCCCUGGGCACAGACUAUUUCGUGGUGUCAUACACCCCAAUCGUAGGGGAGUGGUCCGAGUUCACCGUUACAGCCACGGAGGACGACACCGUGGUUGACAUCAAUCUGAAGGCGCCCGUGAUGUUUGACGAUGAACCCUACGGCAGGGAGACAUUGCAGUUAUCCCUAAACCGUUUGCAAACCGCCCAGUUUCAGAGCACCCUCGAUUUGACCGGCUCACGAGUCAGCGCAACGCGACCGAUCUCGGUGGUAUCGGGGUCGUCAGCGUCCAACGUCCCCGCUGAAUUCGGUUCAGCUGGUCACGUGGUGGAGCAUCUCCCGCCGGUGGGUGCUUGGGGGACCGUGCACGCGCUCGCUCCCCUUCUCGGGAGGAGUUCCGGGUACAGAUGCGUGGUCGUCGCUGGCUGCCCCAUGACCAUGAUUCGAGGCUUCGGCGACCGAGUUGUACUCGCCUCGGCCGGAGAUUCAUUCGAGUGGGAUGCCUCGGCGGACCGCGUUGCAAUCGUAACGUCGUCGAAGCCAAUUCUCGUUGUGCAGUUCAGCAAGGGGUUGGAGGCUGACAAAAGUGUAGGUGUAGACCCGGGAAUGGGUGGUCCUGCCAUGUUCACCGUUCAACCCAUCGAUCUCGUCACCGGACCUGGUGCACUGCUUUCGACUCCUGCUCUACCUCCGGGGGCCAACCAUCACAUCUCUGUCACUGCCAUGUGCAAGGACAUAGCGGGGAUUAUGCUGAACAAUUCCCAAAUCGUCCCUGAUCACCAGUAUGAGUACGCGGAGUUGCCAGGCUUCUGUACCGUGGUAAAAAGGGUCCAGACGGCCGAUUCCAGCCCGGUCAUCUCCGUUCAGCAUACCUCUCCAUUGGGAGUUCUUCUCGCAGUAUCGGUGAUGGUUCAUGGAACCGGCUUCGAGGGUGCGUACGCGUUGUCGGCCAAUCUCGGCGCGGAGGUCUCACCCUGCGAAACCGCUGGCCCGGACGUGUGCUGCAACCUCGAGGAAAACUUCCAGCUGGUCUCCUCUCUGAGCUAUGACGAGGAGGGUUCCAUGCACAGCAGUGACUACGAACAGUACAAUUCCAUUCCAGAUCUCGCGAUCGCACUCAGAAUUGCUGACGAAGGUACAGCAACGGUCCAAUCUCUGGAAUUGACAACGGCGCACAAUGCACCUGAACCUACCGGCACAAAACUCUACCCAACUCCGCCACAAACAGUCGGUGGACGUCCAACAACCCAAGAAAUCACCGAAGAUGGUGAGAAUCCCACGUUCGCAACCGUAGAGGGCUUAACUGUAUCUGAUGCCGAGGUGACUUCGAGACCGACUAGAGCAUCAAUAGAUUCCUCAAGUCAACAACCUAUCACUUCACCUACUUUGAGCAUGCCAACCACGCAAGAAGCAUUAACAUCCACCGUCUCAACACCUUUGGAAUCGACCCAGAGUUCGGUGUCAUCCGCUUCGCCGUCUACAAGGCGAGCAACAGUGGCUGGCACGGACCAGCCAGGUGUCGGUACGGAUGUGCCUGAAUCGACAGGGUUGUUGCCCACCUUUGUCCGCACCAGCUGGAUUGAUUCCACGCCAUUGACCACCCAAACACACCUAUCGACAGGACCAUCAAUUAACGACACCCUUUCAACGUGGUUAGCUGCAACACUUCGUUCCACGAUAACGCCCACUACCAAAGAGCAAACCACGGAACCGGGAGUCGACACACGCUGUCCGACGUGCCAGACACCCUUCCGAAUUCUGCUUUAUGGCGGGGUAGCCAUGGCCACUUUUAUUCUUCUGUGCAUAAUCUUUUGCUGCCUGUACAUCAUGCGUUCGAAGCGGACUUCCAAGACAGCCAUAAUGAAACGCAACAGCCGGUGGGUGGCGUUCCCUGCGGCUGCUGUGUCAUUGGAUGAGUUGAAUCUAGGCCGCAUGAAACUCAAACCUGCCGCCGACGACGAGACGGGGGUGGGGAAUACCACGCCAGCACCGCCCAGUCUCACCGAGACGGAAGAUGUGAAAGUCGGUACGGGAGGAAAUCUGGUCACAAGUGGAAGGACCUUUAAGAACUCAUCCUCGUAAACAAUAAUCGAAUGCUUCCGACUGAUCGCGCAUCAACCGAUUCGGUAGUCAUGACAACUUAAACCACGCCCAUUUGCACCACCAUCAGUGGUUGCAAAAUACAAGUUUGCUAUGUGACGGGCGCGUACCGAGCGUGUAUCACGGGAUGGGACUUACAUACGUAUAGGCGGGUCUCAAUUCCAUUCCUUAAUAACAGAUCUCUCCCCGGUGACACAUGCUAUAAACUUGUAGAGGGUAUGGGAGUUUUGAGUGUGAUUUCUGGACUUUAAAAAAUGAUGUUAAAUGGACUACUUGAGUGGUAUGGUUAAGUCAAUGUAUAGGCGCCACGAUGCUUUAUCCAUACAGCAGUUUUUGCGGCGUAUACGCGUACUCAGCUUAGGAUUAGAACACCACUUGGCAACAUUGGUAAAGGAUCGACGCAGUGCUAUCACAAACCAUACAGAGAAAAAGUGAAAACAAGAGCAGUCAUUUUUGAAAUGCAUUCAGCCACAUAGGAUGCACGAUGUAACGUACGUGGAUAUUAAUAACGCGUGACGGAACUUCCCAUUUUGAAUUUGGUUUCCUUCCCACGUUCCAAGUGUGGAUCACAUUCACAGCCCCCAGGGGUCAGUUAGAUCGCUUGAAGUCGGCAAAAGACAGUGAGUAGCAAAGGCGACCGUUCAAAUUAAGCGCUUUACCUCUGAGAGUUAAUUCGAGGUCAAGUCUAAUUUAGCAUUGGCAAGUUCAUUGUUCAGAAACGCGUCAGUACAGUGUAGAAAGCUUGAUGUUAGUAGUUUUGUCAAAUUGUGCUGUUUUGAUAAAAAUUUUGGAAAAAGGGAAAUGGUGAGCGAUAUUAAGACGGCAUUAAGAUGGCACUUGUACAAAACAUUUGUAAUUCUCUCUAGCUACUCUGCAAGGGCAAAGAGCGCUUAAUGAAAUUGGGAAAAAAUCGCAGAAAAGCAAAAUAUUACAGAUGCAAUUCGUGAAGAAAUCUUGGUAGGAGAGUGUGCCCAAAAGCAGAAUCUGCCUUUUUGCUAUUUCCAAAGACUGAAACUUCACUGGAUUCGUCUACCGGUUUGACAAGUCCAUUAGAGUAAAAUUAAUUUAAUUGAACAGACCCGAGCUUCCACUUGACUGAUUUCUUUGUUCAAACUCAUUUAAUAAGCAAAUCCCUCUAACCGUCUGUUUUCAGUGCAAAAAAGGAAGAACGUUCCUCUUAAUCACGUUCCUCUUUCUGCCAUGCAGGGUAUGUAUAGUCGGGGGGGGGGGAACUACCGUGAAUCACGCUGCAAUUUAUCCGUAGGGGCGUUGCGAGGGGGAGGGGCGCUUCUCCCCGGAUAAUUAAUUUGGAAUAUCAAGAAAAAGUAGCGAAAAAUGUGAAAGAAAUGAAAAAAAAAAGGAUGAAAGUCACCAAUUUUCUUCAGAAAUAAUCUCAAAAUUGACCCCCCAGCCGUUAAUUGUUCAUCACUUUUCAGCUGAUGAUGCUUUACCCCUCCCCUGAAAAAGUGGUCCCCUCAAAAGAAAACCCUGGUGACGUCAAUGCUUAUCCGCCCCAUGAGCUCGGAAAGGGGUUGAAGUAGCAGAUUGUGGUUGACCAUAAGUGUAUGAAUUAAAUUAAUUAUCCAUACAUAGAUAUCCAUACACACGCACUUACUUUGAAUUUUUCUGGAAGGCAGGCUGGUUUUAAUGAGCUUAUUGUAGAUUAUACACAUUGUACUUGUUUUAAUGGAAAACGUGAUUUUUUAAAGUACGGUAUUAUCUUUUUUAUCUUGACCACCGCUGGACGGCUAUUUUUUACAGUUUGAAUUGCAAUACGGGCGUUUCACGAUAGUGCGCCUCCAAGAGUUUACAACGGGUUGGUCAAU